ACUUGCACGGCUUGAGGAGUGGAUACAAAAGAAACUGGAGCUUGCAUGAAGGGUCACAUUGUUUCUCUGCACCGAUUCACGCCUAACGGAAUUGAUAUCAAUCUGAGACGGCGCGGGCUGUGAUAUUUCUCUGAUUCGGCUUCAGGAUGAUGAAGUUCAGGUUCAGACGGCAGGGGAACGACCCUCAUCGUGAGAAAAUCAAGCAGGAUCUGUUUGCAUUCAGUAAGACAGUUGAACAUGGAUUCCCAAACCAGCCAAGUGCUUUGGCCUAUGAUCCCAAACUGCAGCUUAUGGCCAUUGGAACUAAAUCAGGGGCCAUCAAAAUAUAUGGUGCUCCUGGGGUGGAGAUGACUGGACUUCAUAAAGACACUGCUGCCGUCACUCAGAUACAUUUCCUCUAUGGACAGGGGAGGAUACUUUCUUUGUUGGAUGAUAACACCAUUCACCUAUGGGAGAUUGUGCAGAGAGAAAACCGCUCGCAUUUAGUGGAGGUUCAUAGCUUCAACCUGCCUGGCAGGCCAGGCAUCGAGAGCACCAGUGCGACACGUGUGACCGUCAUGCUGUUGAAGCUGAGCUGUGAUCUUCUUGCUCUGGGCACUGAAGGUGGCGGAGUGCACUUCCUGGAACUGCCCACCCUCACUUUGCUGAACAAGUCGCUGUUCCAGGAUGAGAUCAUGCAGAGCGUUCCAGAGGAGUACAAGUGUGGAAAAUCAUUGGGGCCUGUGGAGUCCCUGCAGGAACAUCCGCAAGACUCUGAUAAAAUCCUCAUUGGUUACAGCAGAGGUCUGGUUGUACUCUGGGACCUCAACAGUCGGCAUGUAGUCAACCUCAUCUUGGGAAAGCAGCAGCUGGAGAGUUUGGUCUGGGAACGGUCCGGGAACAGCUUUGUUAGUUCCCAUAGUGAUGGCGGAUACAUGGUGUGGGCUGUCAGCAGCAGCAAUCCCUGCACUCAUGACCCCAUCUCAUCCACAGUACCAUAUGGCCCCUUUCCUUGCAAAGCCGUGAACAAGAUCCUGUGGAGGACAACAGAGUCAGGAGCUCCUCUAGUGUUGUUCAGUGGCGGUAUGCCCAGAGCCAGCUAUGGAGACAGACACUGCUUAACCAUCCUCCAGGACAGCAGCCACGUCACCCUGGACUUCACCUCGCGUGUCAUAGACUUCUUCACCAUUAACUGCACAGACAAAGAUAAGGAAUUUGAUGACCCAUCAGCGCUUGUGGUUCUUUUGGAAGAGGAGUUGGUAGUGAUUGAUCUUCAGAUGGCUGGCUGGCCCACUGUCCCUGCUCCCUAUCUGGCUCCUCUGCACUCCUCUGCCAUCACCUGUUCAUGUCACAUCUCAAAUGUGCCUCCCAAACUGUGGGAGAGAGUGAUCAGUGCGGGCCAGCAGCAGUGUCCUCUGCAGAACUAUGAGAAUUGGCCAAUAUGUGGAGGGAAAAACUUAGCACCUGAUCCAAAGCAGAAAGAGCUGCUGUUAACUGGUCACGAGGAUGGUACAGUGCGUUUCUGGGAUGCGUCAGGAGUGUCGCUCAAACCGCUGUACAAACUGAGCACAGCCAACAUCUUUCAGACAGACUGCGACCACAACGACAGCCUGACGCAGGCCGGGGAGGAGGAAUGGCCUCCUUUUAGAAAGGUGGGCUGUUUUGAUCCAUACAGUGAUGAUCCCAGACUAGGAAUCCAGAAGAUCAGCGUCUGUAAAUACAGCGGAAAACUUGUGGUGGCUGGAACUGCUGGACAAGUUAUAGUUAUGGUUCUUAGUGAUGAGAAGUCCGAUCACAUGAUUGAUGUGGCCACGGUGGACCUGCUCCAGGACCGAGAGGGUUUUACGUGGAAGGGUCAUGACCGGCUGCCUCCUAAGAGCGGCUCAGUAGUGUUUGCUCCUGGAUUCCAGCCGGUUGUCCUGGUGCAGUGCAUGCCCCCCGCGGCCGUUACUGCGGUAACCCUGCACGCAGAGUGGAACCUCAUUGCCUUUGGCACCAGUCAUGGCUUUGGCCUCUUUGACUAUCAUCGGCGAAGUCCAGUUCUGGCGAGGUGCACUCUACACCCCAAUGACUCUCUGGCUAUGGAGGGCCCGCUGUCUCGAGUGAAGUCUCUGAAGAAAUCCCUGCGCCAGUCCUUCAGAAGAAUCCGGAAGAGCAGAGUCUCGGGAAAGAAACGUGCUGUGGUUUAUAGUCCCACCAAUAAAGUGCAGGAGGCUAACGCUCAGUUGGCGGAGCACGAUGCUGAGGUGACACCAGUACAGAGACGGAUUGAGCCCCGCUCUGCAGACGACUCGCUGUCUGGAGUGGUGCGCUGCCUCUGCUUCGCUGACACUUUCCUUAGAGAUGGAACACAUCAUGGACCUACAAUGUGGGCCGGCACGAACUCUGGCUCUGUGUACGCAUACGCUCUGGACGUACCCUCGCAGGAGAAGUUCUCUGAGCAGAGUGUGGAGGCGCUGCUGGGGAAGGAGAUCCAGCUCAUGCACAGAGCUCCAGUGGUGUCCAUCGCUGUGCUGGAUGGCCGAGGGAACCCUCUGCCGGAGCCGUACGAAGUCUCCAGAGAUCUGGCCAAAGCCGCAGACAUGCAGGGCAGCCACUCUGUUCUUAUUGCUUCUGAGGAGCAGUUUAAGGUUUUCAUGCUGCCUAAAGUAAGCGCGAAGACCAAGUUCAAGUUGACGGCCCAUGAAGGCUGUCGAGUACGAAAGGUGGCACUGUCGAACUUCACCAGCGUUAGCUCUGAAGAGUACUCUGAGAACGCUUUAGUGUGCCUUACCAAUCUGGGUGACAUCCACAUGUUCAGUGUGCCAGCACUGAGACCGCAAGUACGCUACGACUGCAUCCGCAAAGAAGACAUCAGUGGCAUUGCUUCCUGCGUGUUCACUAAGACUGGACAAGGAUUCUACCUGAUUUCGCCCUCGGAGUACGAGCGCUUCUCGCUGUCAGCUCGUGUGAUCACCGAGCCACUGUGCCGAGUGGAUGUGGAACGACCUCACGAUCUCUCUGCUCACAGUGGUUCCAGCACGCCGCUCCCACCACAGGCUAAUGGAACACACAAGACACAAGCAGAGAGCAAGUCUGUUGAAACUGAAGGGCUCUUGGAUGAAAUGCGGAGCGCCUUGUCCUCGCCCGUCCUGGAUUCUCCAAACAGCAGUGCUGACAUCACACUGGACACCACUGGAGAGCUCACCGUUGAGGACGUCAAAGACUUCUUAAUGUGCGCGCUCUUUACUGAUCUAUUCUGGUCUAUUACAGUUGAGUUUAUUUUGGGAUCCCCUCAAUGUUUUGCUUCUUUAGGACUGUGGAUGAAGCUGAGAAUAACUUCAGGAACAUCACUGAAGAAGAUGGGAGGCCUCCUGGAAUUCUCAUCAACUGAGGCGAGCUGGCAGACAGCUGGAGGAGCAGUUAUGGGUGAAGACUCAUCAGCUGAACUCGUUACUUCUGAUUGGGUCUUGACAGAGCGGUUUGUGACUCCGGAAGUUGCACCAAACAUUGUUCAUGAAGUUUUUACAAUGGGAAUGUUGCACUUUUUUCCCUGUGCCAAAAGACUGAAUGAUUCAUUCUGUUAUCCUCUUUUUCUUCACCUUUCCUCCAGUUUCCUUUUUUCUUUUUUUUCUGACAACCAUUGGUUCCUUUCAGGGGCCAUAAAAUGGUACAUUUGAGAGGUGACUUUUAAAGGGAUCGGGCAAUAAAACAGCCGAGAUGUUGCACAAUGUCUGUAUGCAGGUGGGGGGCUACUUGCACUGAGCCCAUGACAUUUUUCUUCUUAGUUUGUCUUUUAACAUUCCUCUUCUGUCACGUCAUCUCUCCUUUCACUGUGUGCCAUUUAGUUUAUGCUAAAUCAAAUCAAAAUUCUUAUAUUUAGAUGUCUGGUUUAUAAUUUGCCUCUUUAGUGACCAUCUGCACCACAGAAAAUAACUAUUCAAGCAUAAAUAAGGGGGAAAAAAUUAAGUGCCCUGCUCAUUUAUGAAGGUAUAUGUUCUCUGUAUGAAGUGUUUGCUUUUUUCCUCCUGACAGACUUUUCAACCAUAUCUAUGUUACUGUGAUGGUUUCUGACCACAAAUCAGGAGUCUAUUGAAAAGUUAAAGUUAUGGACCCUGUGGGUUUGAUUCAGAUACUUCCUUUCAUUCAGUCGUCUUUAUUAUUAUUAUUAUUUUUAAAUAAUGUCCCUUAACCACUUGCCAUUGUAAGUAAUUCUGGCAGUUAACUGUGAAGUGUGUAAUUUGAAAGAACAUCGCCGCAGUAAUUCUAACCAGUUUGUUUUUUGCCACAGUAUUAACACGGUAUGAAGGAGCUAAUGACUUUUUUCUAUUUACACAGUAUUCUUUAGAAUAAUUUUAUAUGGCUUAUAAGGGUUGGUAUUUUGUAUUUUAUAGAUAUAUCACUGGCAUUUAGGGAACUAGGCAUUUCUAGCACUGCAUUUUGUGAGGCAAUUAUUGACAGUUGUGUAGUAUUACAAGAAAUUACCGUUCUAUAGGCGUUAGUGUAGCUAAUCGAGGGAAAGAAUGAGGGAAUAGGACGAGUGUUGCACAGAUAUAUUUGAAUAAGACACAACUGGCUCCUUGGGUCAAAUAAUGCAAAUGUUAGUCAGUUUGCUUUUAGAAGUAAAGUAUGGCUUUUAAAGUGAAAGGUUCUAUUUACAUUGUAAUUACAAAGAAAACUGCACAUAAAUAUUUUGCUUGGUACUGACGCAUUGUCACAUUUUCUCCAUGCAUAUUCUGUUUUUUUUUGCUUUGUUUUGUUCGUUACAUGUCAAAAGGACCUCACUAAUUGUAGUCAUUUAACUUUUGUUUGUAUAUUUGCUUUACAUUACAUAACAUUUAAUUUCUAUCCAGCACCUAUCCUGUGAACAUGUAUUUAAUUUGUAUUUUUCUUAUGUAGAAUUUUAUUUUGAGAUAUAGCAAUGCUAAUGAAAUCUUAAAUGUUAAUAAAGUAUUUACUCCACA